AUGAGUCGAAAACAGAUGAUUCAAACGGCGGAUCAGCUGAAGAUGCGACUGCUACAACUUCCUCCUUCUGCUCAAGUAAGCAUCUGACAUGAUUACGUUCAUGCACAACACCUUUAAUGGCAAAUUUGCAAAAAGUUAUGCUUAGAGAACCCGAAGGUAUACGAGUAAUCAGUGGAAGAAACCUUCUGCGUAGACUUUAGCUGUGUUAACUGAAGCGCUAUAAACACGUUAGUUGAGGUUAGGCUGCACGUGAUAUCAAUAUCUUCAGGACGAUAGUAAAUAAAUAAAUAAACCAAACUGAUAGGAGCAUUCCGGUAUCGCAGCAGUAAGUGAGAAGAGUACAUAACAUAUAAUCAGUCUCAGAUGUUCAUGAGUUUAUAACUAACACAAAAGGGAAAGAAAACUAAAGUGUGGAGGCUGUCGCCUGAAUUACGGUGGCUAAAAUCGAGGGUGAUCAUAGCCAUCACAGCUGAUCAAGCAGAUGAGUAAGCAUGAAGGAGUUAGCAGUUUGACAGUCGUUUCUGCCGACGUACGCCGUUUGCCGUAUGAUACGGUGGGCAUAGGGACGGUUAAUAGGACUUGAGCUAGUUUAUAGUAAUGGCGACUCGCGCCGCAUCCUCCCCCCCUCCCACCUGGGUCCCGUGUCAAGAUAGAUGGCCGGAGGCGGCAGGAGGCGCAGGUUGCUGGCACUGCAAAGACUCGCAAUUAGGCGCAUCACUACACCCCCUGGUCCACAACGUACAUUGACCAGGACUCUAUACAGCAAAAAUGGGGACGGCUUGUCGAAAGUUAUGUGGUCGAAAAGACAAAGAUUUCCAACCAUAAUUCAGGGAAAACGGAGGGAGUUGGGCAACCUUUACUGUUUUGGAAAUGCGUACACAAAGGCUCUGUGGGCAGUCGCCGCGAGCGCGCUCUCCAGGCAAGUUGUUGUCUGCGUCCACCUUCGAGGUGCUGAGACUCAGCGCGUGUGUGCGCCUUUAGCUGUCUCCGCGUCCGCCAGCCAAUCGGUGGGGGGGGGGACAGCGUUGGUUGGCCUGGAGCACUCGCGAGGCUAGUGACAAGCCUCGCGUGUCCCAGCAGCGUAUCGACUAGGCGUGUGAGGCGGACAGAAAGGCAGCGUGACAAAUGCGAAGGACCAGGAGACACGAACUGCCAAAGUACCCCCCGGCUAGACCGAAGGCAGCGCGUAGCAACGUCGAAGGAAUUGUUGAUGUCUAGAACCAUGAGUAACCAAACGGUCAGGAAAAUGAACAUGACGUCCACUAAGGGCGAUAUAUACAGAGGGCACAGGGGUAGAGUGAGUAUGGCUCGCGGCUACAAUGUUGUUGGUUGAUCAAGGGGUAGUUGCAGUUGGGGGUUGCGGACAUGGGGACCAAGGAAGUAUACUGGACGAAGGGAUAGAGGGUCGGGGAGGUGGAGCAGGGGGUAGGCGACCACAGGACUCAUACGGAGGAGUGUCCGGGACGGCAGCUGUGAAACGAUCCACGCUCACGAACUCCUUACGAUUGUCGCGCUGGAUGCGAAAGUUCUUCGUCUGACGAGCGAUAAGUCGGAUGGGGCCGUCGUAGGAUGGUUCCAGGGGCCGGCGAACUCGAUCACAUCGGAGAUAGACGUAAGAGCAUGUCGCCAAGUCUUUCUCGAGGUAAGACUCAGAAACGGAUGGCCUGGGCGGAACGGGGAAUGUGUCUGCAUGAAUUGCCGGAGGCGAUGCAGGAGGUUGGUAGGAUCCUCAACUGCAACUCGCGGGGUUGGCGAGAUCAUCUGACUGGGAAGUCAGACGGUGGCACCGAACACGAGUUCGGCAGCAGAACAGUCAAAGUCCGAAUUGAGGGAGGAGCGAAUGCCCAGUAGGACCAGGGGUAGGUGGUCUAUCCAGUUCUCCGGAUCGUCUGCAGCGCGUAGGGAGGCCUUCAGCUGGUUGUGAAACCGCACGACCAGGACUCUAAACAGCAAAAAUGGGGGCGACUCAGAUUCCAGCCGAGUGGGAGCGCCAUAAAUGUCCCAUUAGAAGGAGCCUGACUGUCCCUCCUUCUCGGAGGAGGACCGAGUUAUCUUCCCAGUCGGUAGUCUCCCAAGUCACGGCUUUUAGCGCAUCGUGUAAUAUUUAAGCGCGUCAGACUUAGAAGAAUAUGUGCUGGGAGUGUACACCUCUCUCCCUUCCCCCUCCCAAUCACCAACUCACUAGACCAGCCGGUCGGUUAACAGAUGCAGGAAUUUGGACGCAGUGGCUGACAGAGCUAGAGAGUCCGUCUGCGCGUGCCACACACAAGACCCGAUGAUCCGCGCCACACCACACCAGGGUUUCACACAAAGGGGAUGGACUGCAUGGAUCUCAAAUGUAGCAGAUGGUUCACACGGAGGAGCCUUAGAAAACAUUUCCCACUUGCGUGGGAGGUGCCUAAUUCGUGGCUGCGGUGUAUGGGGUCGGGCGCGAUUACCUGUGGUGCAUGUGUUGAUGGCGAAAAGCCUGGCAAUGUUGUUUAAUCUGUCGUGGUUUAUUGCAGGUGUUCACUGAGGCGCACGUGACCGAGAAAACCCACUGAAUGGGUGAAUGCGCGGGCACAGUGAGGACAACUGGGACGAUGGCGAUGGGUGCAUUGCGGUGUUCUGGCACUGGUUUGCCAGUCUUUGUGCUAAGGAUUCGCAGGUGACCGACAAGGCCUAUGUGUGUUGUGCAUGUGUGUCAGCGGUGUGAACAGAAUAGACUGGGAACUGCCAUUCCAUUUGCGAUGAUGAUGCCGUUAGUUUGGCCGCGGUUGCAGAUAGGGAGUCGGUAUUGCUGGUAGUGGAAGAGAUGUCGGAUGUCAAGGCUGCGUUUUUGCGUGUCGGUACUACGAUGCGUGCCCUGUCGUGGACAUGUACGUGAUAGAAUGAACCCAUGCAACGAGUGGAUGUGCUUACGCAGUGCAGGCAGCGAGGGCGGAUGAGGCGGGUGUAAGUCGGAGUUCCUGGCACUGCUUUGCUGGUCACAGUUCAGCGUAUUUGCAAUUGGCCGACCAGACCGUUGCGUGUGAUGAAUGUGCGAUUACAAUGGGGAGACAACUGAGAUCGAGUAUGCAUUGCUGGCGCUGGUGUGGGUAAUGGUUGAUGCGACGUCGGAAGAGUCCUCGUUGGUAGAGGGAAUGGGAUACGUGGUAGUCUUAGCGGGGUUCUGCCAGAGAUGUGAACGACAGCGACGGCAUAGCAGGGAUGUGAUCGUCGGUGGUGGUGGGAGGAGGUUCUGUCAGGGAUGUGGGCGGCAGAGAAUCAGGGGUGUUGUCGUCGGGGAUGUUGUGGGGUUGGUGCAGGAGCGACUACUGAAGUGUUUUUGGAGGCAACAUGUGGGCUUGUUGGAUUGUUAUUGAAUCCAUAUUUCCUCACACCUCGUGUGACUCAGUAAACAGCGCUCCGAUCCAGUUCCCGGACCGCUUCACGAUUGCCUUAUGUACCAGCUCUCAUACACAACCCAUACUGACACUGCCUGUCUUCGUCACGUGAUAAACGCACAUCUAGUCAUUCAGGCUCACCACACUUAGCGAGUCAGCGGAAUCCUACCAGAAUGCCUGUACGGAAUACAUGACCCCCACACACAUGGCUCUUCUAAUCACAUAAAAAACACCGGGUUCCGGAAUUAUGACGCUUAGGACACACCCACUACGGUGGUCCCGGGUACACUUAACGACUGCGCUUCAAUGGCUUGUUCGAUCACCCAAGUGGCCCUUAAUCCGUUAAAGGUAAGUCACUUUCUACAAACAACUGUUCCUGGAUGAGGUUAAUUCUACUCAAGUUUCAAAUAAUUUGACAUGGUUGACUUUUUGAAAACCAUUAAGAGAAAAGUACGACCAGUCUCAACUGAGUCAUUUUUAUUUAUUUUAUCAAGGUCGACUUCUUUAGGCAGACGGACUUUAUGUUGCAAAAUGACUCGCAAGACCUGCUGGACUCCCUCGCCCGAUUUCGGAAUGAAUUCGGCGAACUAUCCUCCAUAUUUGAAAUUGGUGAGCUGAUCAGUUCUCAAUAGUUAUUAAUAAUUCAGUAUGACAGGCAGCAAUGAAUUAUCCGAUUCCGUUGUUUAUCCCUCGCUCUGGCCCCUUUUCUUUGAAUCUCAAAGCAGGGGGAGCCCGUGGGUUUACGUUGUCAGGCCAUAGAAUUUUCCUCGAAUGGCGCAGAUGGUGAUAUAAGAUAUUUUGACCCAACAAUAAAAAAAUUCGGCGACUUAGAUGAGAUUCGAACCCACACAAGUGCGUUGAAGGCUUUAGUACAGCUGCCGAACUAGCUACCUGAGGUAUGAAAUCCCACCAGAGCCAUGGGUUUAAUCUCAUUUGGAUCAAGUUACCUGCCCAGCUUACUGCAACGUAUGAAAUAUGCCAAAUCUGAUAUAGUAAGUUGACUUUUCAAGCAGCAUUUCUGAAGUGAUCUAUCUGGAAUCUACCAGAUGACUACCAGACUCGUGUAAUUAACAGGCGUGUCGGUAGAUUUUGAAUAAUUCAUUUCGUGAUAUUAGUGUAAUGUACAGUGGAUAUGUUAUAUCAUGAAAAAUUAACUGAAAUUCUGAAAUGUGUUUUUCAAUUCCUAAAUAUUAUUCUAGCAGGGCUGUAAUACUGCCUAUUAUGUAGCACAGUGUAAAAGUGUUCCAAAUAAGUCAGGAUGCGGCUUUUGGAUGAGCUUUUAGUCAAUGUGGACGUCAAAACGGAUAAGGCGGGGUAAGGCAUAUUCUCACUGAUGGUCGCGAAAGUUGACUGGAAGCCUCCAAAAGGAAUUGCCAGUGAAGCCUCGUCUAAAAAUGGGGUUAGUUCGCGAUAUAAGUCGGUUGGGGAUUUGCAGGAUUCAGACAUGGCGAAACAAGGUAAAACGAUGAUCACAGAAAUGUUUAUUCUUGGGUGUACGAAUAGCGGGAAAAUGUUAUAUCACAUCUCGGAGCAAAAGCAAGAAACAUGGCCAUAGAUGUUAUAGCAAUAUAUAAAAAGGUACUGGUACAAAACGCUAAGUUAAACUUCAACAAUGAACUCGGUAACAAGGGCACAAAGCAAGAUAAUAUACGAAAGAUACUGUACAUAGAGAAAAAAUCAAAUGGGGGACGGGAAAAAAUGGCAAUUUAAGCAACAUGCAUUUUUGCUACUGAUUUUGACAAUUCUAAUAUAUUUUCUUGAAAACAUGUGCAAAAAUAUUCCUUCGUUUACUAAUUCGGUAGUAAAUUACGCCUUCAUCAAAUUUUAUGAUUGAAUGGAGGAAAUCGUUUGGAGUUUAAAAAACCUUGAUCCCCGAUUAAUUUUGAACCCGAAAUGCUGUUAAACGUGCAUUUACGGUUUUGGAAGUACAGGCUGUAUACUUUUCAUACAAGGAAAAUCAUACGUUUCUGUAUGCUAUCAUGAGGAGGACAUACAGGUCCCAUCAAAUUUUUUGUGUAUUUGGAUCAUGUUGUUCACUUUAUACGCGGCAUUUCUAAGUUUGUUGAUGCGAUGCUGUACGACCGAACACGUCGUGGUCUCAAAAAAUCAUUUAAUUAGAAACACUUUCAACACCGACAGAUGUUCUUUCUUCAAGUAGGAAGUUUGAAGAAACGUGAUUUCCUAUCAAAUGAGUGGAGGACAGAAAGCUUUUGUGCAUGUUUUUUUUUUAUAAAAUAGAUGUAAAUCUAAAGAGGGUAUCGAAAAUCAACAUGAAAAAUGCAUGCCAAUUAAGUUACCAUUUUUUAUGGGAUGCGGUUUACGCAGGCGGUCGAUGAGGAGCUUGUUCGAAAGCCGAAAUCCUGACUUGACUGAAAUAUCUUGGGAUUAUGCCGCAUUAUAAUUGAUAUUAAAACCCUGCAUAGGUAAUCUUUUCGAAUUAAAAUCGCAUUUUAGAAUUUCGGUUAACCCUUCAGGAGUUAGCACAUCUAGCGAAAGUGGUGAUCAGCCUACCUGACUCAGGUGGGAAUAGCCAAUCAGAAACCGAUGCGAGGUAGCCUGUGAGCGCACAUCUUGGCGACAGUGGUCACGUGCGCCAGCCGGCCGGAUACGAAACCGAAAAACAGACCAUGAAGGCGUGUCUGCGAAGGCGCGCGCAGAGGACGUUUCGGGUGGGUGGGUUUCCUGCUGCUGACGCUGGCUGACAUUGGCGUGCAAGUUACGCACCAUGUGGUGCCGUACAAUGGACAGAGUUGCAAUUCCACAGGGAGACGCAGUGGUUACCCCAGUGAUGUGAAACUUGCUUUGCCUGAAACAUCGCAAAGACGCCAGGGGUUCUGGCAUCCGCCGGUUUGUCCCACUUACAGGACAAAGCAAGCCUGCUCGGGCUCCGACUUCGAGACCCGCUCUGGACGCUCUUUAGGUGAUUGUUCGACUGUCGGGAGUCAUGAGAUCUACCACCUGCGUCGUUAAGUGUAUGCUGCAGCGGCGGCUUGCGCGUGAACUAGUUUAUGACAAUUCGACCAUCGAUUUCGAUGAUGUUCAUCGUGUGCCCAACCGCAGCAGCGGUGGGAGCAGGGACGGUGACUUGGGCAGGGGUUUAUAGUGCCAGUAGACUUGUGCUGCAUCUACCUGCACUCUAUCCUCCUCCUUCGCCCGAGCCCGGUGUCAAGACAGAGUCAAGACGACCGGAGACGAGAGAUGCGGCAGGUGGAUGGCUCAGACGGAUCCUCACCAUGGCGUUCCACCACAUCUCCUGGUCCACACAACAAUAACCAGGAUUUCAACCAACACAACCGAGAUUGGAGGCUGGCACGGCCGAAGCCGCACCUAGGCGUGCCGCCAACGCCUGGCUCGGAUCCCACACAGUGGGAACGCCAUAAAGGCCACAUUAAGAAGGAGCCAUUGCAGCCUGACUCUCAGACCGCCUUCAGUCAAGCAGGAGGUCCAAGUUACCCCGUCAGUUGGCAACCUUCCAAGCCACGGCUUUUAGCGCACCGUGAUAGCUUCAAGCGCGUCAGAGUGAUUAUAGUGAGGAGAAGUGCGCUGAGUCGUCGACCUCACUUUCCCUUCCCAUUCCCACACCCCAGCCGCUGUCCGAGCCGGUCAGCAGACUGGAGUGGGAAAUGGGCGCGGUGGCUGUCAUGGUCGACUGACCAUGCCUGCGCGCGCCACGUGCACGACCUGCCCCCGCAUACACACAUACACCAGGAGUUCGCACAACGGAGGUUGAACGGCGUGUCUCUCACUUGCGUGAGAGGGCCGUGAAAGGUGCUGUUUCAGCCCGUCCCCAGCCCACCAGUCCACCACUCCACACAGCACACACAACGGGACGAACUGCGUGAACCGAGUGGGGACGUCAAUCAGCAACCUUCCUAUCCACGGCGCUUGACGUGUCGGGAUAGUCUCAGACUCAAGUCACCCGUGCAGCCGAAGCCGCAUGGAGACCGAGUCGAGAUGCACGCUUCCCACUUGCGUGGGAGGUGGCAGUUGGGUGCUUGCGGUGUGUGAGUGUUGAUGUGUGGUGGUGGUGGUGGUGAUGGUGGUGGUGGUGGUGGUGGCGGCAGGGAGGGAGGGAGGGUGUUAUGGUGUGGUGUAGCCGGCAGUUGUCUAACGCAGGUCGUCGUGGAUGCGCAUGUGGCCGAGUAGGCCCAUGCGAUGCGUGGAAGUGCGAGGGCAGUGUGGGCAGUGGAGGUGAACUUGGUGGGUAUAGGUCGGUGCUCCAGGCACUGGUUCGCCAGUCUCCGGGCGAUGACUUCGCAAGUGACCGACCAGACCGAGGCGAGAGGUGAACGUCGGCGACCAUACCACGUAGAAAGCACCGGUCCUCGUCCGAACUAGUUUAUGAUGAGGCAGACUAAGACAGGAUCUACUACAGUCUAUUUUCCCUCUUCCACGUGGCUCCGACGGCAGAACAAUGUCAAGACGACCGGUGGUAGGCUGCGGGGCAAAGGCUGAGAAAGGUAAACUGUCAUUCUACACGUGCCAUAAGCUGCCCGACCCCCACAGCAUGCAUCGGACUUUCACAAGGAAGGCUACUCGAAUCGCACCAGGUUGGAGCGCCAUUGGGACGAAAUUAAGGCGAGCCAUUGAACCAGAUUGCCAGUUCUCGAGCUAGUCACGCCAUGUGCACGCACAGUACUGACCACGAUGAGCGAGUUAUCUAGUCGGUUGUUCGCCCAACAGCACCCAGUAUUUGGCUUGUCGUAAUUGAUUCAGACGGAUCAGCGAGGAAGACCCUCAGGUCCCUUAGGGAGAAAUUCCCAUGUGCCAACCUCAUUCUGCCUUCCCUCUUGCAUGUACCAAUCCACUGUCUGAAACGGUCAGUUGUCUGGAGUUGGAGUUGGCGUUGCGGCUGACAGAGCUACGUUAUCUUGUUUAAUUUCCGAGGAAAUUAACGCGCGAACUGGGAGUAAAUGUUUCAGAACAAACCUUUUCAGGAAUGGACCGAAAACUGAUAUGAAUAUCUGAGCUGAAAUCCAUCAGCUACUGCGGAAUAACCGCAUAAUAUUCACAAACCGCCAACAGGCAGCCGGUAGUAUGGAAUUUUGCAAUUAUUUACCGUACUAACAACACAGGAAAUUAAGCAAAACAAGGUGGAACUGGAGUUCAUAUACCAGAAAACACACGGAGAAGGCUGGGGGACCCACUGAUGAGCCGAAUCUCUUGCAGCUGCGUCAGGCAGCGACACAAGAUCGGCAAUGCACGCGUGUCUGGGCUUUUAGCUAAUACCUGUGCCGUUAGUACGGUAAAUAAUUACACAAUGCUAGAGCUACGUUAGCUAGUGUGCGCGUACCACACAUGACCCAGUCGUCCCGUACAAGGUACCACAUUUUCACAAAAUGCAUGUGCCAAGCUACCAAAAGGCGGCUUGAAUCUCACGCAGUAGAGGUGGCAUGGAGAUCGCAGUAAGAAGGAGUCCUUGUAUACUGACUCACAAUCCUCCAUUAACUGCAAAGUGUCCACCAUGAGGUCCAAGUUGUCCUAUUAGUUGGCAAGCGUCUUAGAUAGGUGCGUGAUAAUAAGCAGUCAAUAAACUAGAAGUAUCGUAUGCAAAAACCAGGUACACUUUAGUGGGUUUCUUUUGGUUUACCUGACGUCAGUGGUCGACCCUGCCCCUUUCGCGGAUUUCGGUUAAUUAUUAAGCAGGAGCUCCUCCACUCUGCCGCCGCCGCAAAAUGCGGGAGACAGUAACAUGGCGGGUACACAAUGGAACCCGAUCCUUAUAUAGAAUCUCGAUUUUUUCAUCGUGUACUUGAGGCAUAAGUGGCUGACGUCAGCCAAUAUGGCAGACAUGUCCACACCAAUUUCUUUUCUUUUUGUCGGCAAUACGUCUCCCCUAUCGGAAUAGUGAACUUCAUGAAAGUAUCGGUCAAUCGAUUUGUCGAUCUGGCGCCGGCGUACAGAGCUCUGCGUAGCCACCUCCAGUCUUCAACCGUCGGUCGAUGAUUGGCCUACAUGCCCUAUAAUUGUCGCUUGUUCUGUUUCUGCCACGAUCCCAGACGAUGGAUUGCAUUUAACGUGCCUGGGCGCUGGUGUCAAGGCGUAUCGCGACGUAGAGUGUAGAGUAUCCGAGUUCGCAUGCCCGACUUGUUAAAUUUUACCUUAUAAAUGACGCCAAAAACGAAAAGCGGUAUUAUCACGAAUCUCCGCUUUACUGUGGUUUUCAGAGUAAACUGGUUUUCAGAAGAUGAGGUGGCGAGCAUACGUAGCUUUCGGUAAAUUCUCGUCGGGCCAGUACAAUUAUAUGGGAAGGGGGUAGAAGUAAAAACACGUCAGUGAUAAGAUAAAUCGAUUAAAGUUCGCCUUAAAACACAGGCUGGGUGCGGAAAUGUAGGGGAGGGGGGAGGGAUAAUAGCAGUCAAUGUCAGGGGUGGGGUGAGAGCGAAAGCCCGCGGAGAGUUGCAGCGUUAGCCGACCUUCAACCUCUGUAGGCGCGGUGCCUGAACGUGGUUCUUCUUGCGCACAAGAUUGGUUUUCGCAACCUGAUGGCGGCCGCCUCUGCUGUUGCUAACAGGCGAUGUCCCAGUGGUUUAGGAUAGUUCGAUGGGACCUCACAGAUCACGCGAAACGCUUCAUUGGGGUGUCCGGAGUCGACCACAUGCGCGAGAAUGGCGCUGCUUAUGCCCCUAAUUUAGCCUUUUCCCAGCCAUGCCGGGAGGUGUUUUCGUAUUCUCUUGGAUAAGCGCCGACUCGUGCGAUCAAUAUAACCUGCUCCACAGGAGCAAGUGAAGGCAUAGAUGCACAUUGAGGUGGUCUGCUGUGUCAACUUAUCCUUGCCUUCUCCGGGUUAGUGGAGAAGGAUACUUGAAUUCUUGCCGCCGGGAAGGUUCGCGAGACAGCUUGAUUAAGUCGUCUCUUUAGGAGUUUACUCGAAGCGUCCCCUUGGAAAGGGACUUUAAGGAACACAGUUUUCUUUUUGACCGUCGGUGUGGCGGGUUUUACCGGUCGUUCGGCCAUAUUCUUUGCAAUAAACCUGUUCGGGUAUCCGUUUUCAAGAAGGAAGUCCUGGAUUUUUCUAAGUUCCUCCUCGAUGCUGUCUGUUGAUCAAAUGUUUCUAACUCUUUGUGGCAAACAUCGGACUAGAGUUCGUUUUUGUUGGAGGGGUACGAAACUGGCGAAGUUCGUUUAUUGGCCAGACCAGGUUUUCUUCCGAUAGACGCUUCUUCGGACACUCCCGUCAGGUCUCCUGCUUAGAAGAACAUCUAAGAAAGGGAGCGAACAGGUCGUUCCGAUCUACAGCGUGAACGUGGUCGACGGAUGGGCCUGAUUUACAGCAUCUAAGAGGGUAGCUAUGCUGGUUUCUGCAGUGGCAAUUGCAAAGAUAUCAUCAACAUAGCGGCCGUACUGUUUAAGUUUUUCGAUCUGAUCGCGUAGUUUAAAUCUCUCCAAUUUGCCCAUGAAGACAUCGGCUAUGCGAGGUCCAAGAGGCGAGCCCAUGGCAGCGCCGUCUAUUUGUCUAUGAAAUUGGUUGUCAAACAGGAACUGCACACGUAAUGCGCAUCUUAGUAAUAGUUCCUUGAGCGUCUUCGUUGGAGAAAAAUGGUUAGCCAGCCUUAAUGUGGUCUUCAGAGUAAACUGUUUCUGAAGGAAAAACAAAAGAACAAACAAAUUUUGCACUACAGUGGACAGCAUGGUAUUACUGAUUAGGGUUUAUAUUGAUGAAACAUGGUUUUUGCGGAACGGAGAUGACGUCUGAAAGCUGAGGAGGUCCCGAGAUCCCUGAAACCACAUCGGCGUUUCUGGCGUCUCGGAACAAUUCGAGAGUCAGUCAUCACCGUAUGAAACCAAAUUCAGGGCAGGCUGUGCCGAUUUCGUCUAGUUAAGCCAGUAGUUUGUCUUCGUACCGUAAACGACACGGUGUUAGUGUCUGCAACCCAACCCAGCGACGCUGAACACAGCUUGCGUCAAUGCUAUGGUUCGCGUUUUCCUACAAAGCGCACGUGAGAGAAGUGGCAGCACGUGACUUUUGACGUGGGCGUAUUGCAUUCACCCAAAGAUACCGUAGCUACUCAAACGGUGGUAGUACGCAGAGCGCAACAAUUAUCAGGCCAAGUCCCGGUUAACAGAAGACGAAGACGCCUAAAUGAGGACAGAUAACACCUUACUACUGUCUUGGCCAGCGGCUAGCGGUGUGAAAUCAUGCAUGAGGGACCGAGCGUGACUGCGGUGUGACAUGGCAACGCCGGUGCUCCCGAACAAUCCACAGCUCCAGUAGAGUGCGCUGCCGGUGAAAAGCGGCGACACCUUCCUGAAUCGAGUCAUCCGGUGGAUGCGCUGGACCAACACGGGUGAUAGAUGGCUGCCCGGCAGGCGGUAUCGGGAAUGCGUACCCAUAACAGCUGCCAACACUCAGGGUGCGGUAGCAGACCCGUUUGCAGACCCACCCCGCGCCAACUGGGAUCCCCGCCGCCCGUUGUUGUUUUUGUUGUUGAAAAUCCUGGUUAAGUGUUUGUUAUGGACCAGGGGGUGUGAUUGUACGUCCAGGUGUGGGUUUCACCGUGCUAACCGUCUGCGGCCUCUCCCACGUCUGGUCACUCUGACUUGGUCAUGACAUCGGGCCCAGACGGGGGAGGAGGAAGAGAGUGUGCCGUAGACGCCGCCCAAGUCUACUCUCAAUAUAAGCUAAUUCCCACAUGAGUCACCGUCCCUGCCCUCAUCUUGCUGUGGAUAGCCGGGUAAGGAGACGUGAAGAUUUCGCCGGCCAAUAUAAAUCGUCAUCCAGUCUGGCUAACAGAUCUUGCUCCCCCCCUCCACCCUCUCCCAGACCGCAGGAGGGCAAUGCAGCCACAGAGUCCGACCCCAAAGAUGCGCUUCUUGAAGGCAGCCAAUACUGUGCGGACAAUGCUGCGGGCCGACAGGACUGCUAAAGUCGUGAAUCCAGAAAUCAGUCGGAAGGUGAAAGAGGCCGAAUCACAGGCUGUGGCUGAGUACUUAAAGUAAGUUGUUCUUAAUUCUGGCAAAAUCCCUCGUGCUAUGCCACUUACACAGAAUAUACAGCAGUCUGAUCCACAGUACACAUCUCUAUCACAGGCAGUAACUCGAGGCUGAUGAGAGUGGAUCCGCAAAUUUUCGCAUAUAACUGUGGACUCUGUUUAAAAGAUGUAUCUCGGGUGAAAAUCAAGCCUAUACAGUAAUACACCUCAGAGCAGGCCAGCAGAAACGGAGUACUUUUAAAAAUAGUCUCUUGAAUGGGCGAUGAGGCAAGGGAUGAGAGGUUUUCCGACCUGAUAUAAGUGAAGGAGAUACUAUAAUACCAUUCAAAGCCAGGAAGCAGGGGGUGUCAUCUCUUCUGCUAGUCAGUGAAAUGUAAGCGUCUGGUUUGCCAUAAUCAGCAAACCAUGGCACUCGCAGCCUGGUCUGAACUGGCAGUUCUAUGGCACCUGGUCUCCUACCGGUAGACGUGCUUGUGCCCCCGCUGGGUAAGCAGGUCGUGAGCGUGGCUUCCCAGUCAUCUUCAUCCUUCUGACCCAUUGUGGUGUUGUUGUGGUUAAGAUCCUGAUCAAGCAGUUGUUGUUGUGGACCAGGGGGUGUGGUGGUAUGCCCAGGUGCGUUUCCGGCCGUGCCAGCCACCUACGCCCUCUCCCGCCUCCAGUCUUCUUGACUGUGUCCCGACAUCGAGCCCAGACGGGGAGGAAGAGUGAGUACGGCAGAUGCUGUGCAAGUCCACUCCAACUACAAACUAAUUCACGUGCUGUCGCUGUAGCUGUCUUACCUUGCUUUGGACCACACGGUGAACGUCGUUAUUUGCGAUGGUCGAAAUAUCCAUGAAGAGCAAGCGCCCCUCACAACCGGCUGUGCUGCAGAUACGUUGGGUCAAAAUGGGUGUCACACUGCCUCUCAAUUAGCAUCGACCGGACUGCGCACACCUAUAUGAAGUGGCGCACCUUGAAUGUAAGCCUUCAGGCCGCGUCAGUCGCAGGGUCCAACCUGAUCGCCAGCUAGUUUACAAACUCGGACGGUCGACAGACGCAUGAAAGAGGGGAGAGAGAGUGAGACCGCCACUGUGGAGUCCAUCUCGCACAGCGUAGCGGCGUCUCCCUCAUUAUAAUAAAUCUGAUUAGCUGGAACCUAGCACGACACGCUGAGAGUUUUGGCCCGGAGGGCUAUCAACAGACCGGAAGACUCAAUACCAUACAGAAUUCAGGAUCAUGCCGCAAUGAGCUCGUCUCAUUGUGGCCUCUACGGUACCCCAGCUGAUUUGAGAUCCGAGCCGCAAUCGGGAAAGUCAGAUCGCAUGUGGGACGCGUAGACGCACUGUCCAGCAUCGUCAAGUGCUGCACCAGGACCUACCUCCGGUCGUAUUAACACUGUCUUGCCCUCGGAGCAAGGCGGGCAGGGGAGGAGCGAGCGCGGCGUCUUCAGACCGCAAGUCUGCAAUACGAUAUCAAUUGUUGCACGCUUCAUAAAAUGCUUGUCGCUUCCCCGACGAAAUGUAGUGGUCAGUGGGCAACUACCUUUUACUGUCAGACAGAGCGGCUUCGUUAAUGCAACGCUUGGGUCGCAGAACAAAAUUACAGCGCAGAAACGUCAUCGAAGACAUGUUCAGGCUCCAAUGAGAGGUUAAAGGACAACAUGAAGUCACAAAUAACCUACUGGCACGGUUUGCGGGGAAGCAGAGGAAGUAUGCUGCAAAAGUAAAAAUAUAAUGUGGGACUUUAGAUAGCGUCUCAGCGAACAGUCUGGAUGCAAGUCAUCUUGCUAAGACAGUUUUUGCUCUCAGCGCGAAUGAAAAAUAAGAAUGCAAACCACGCAGUGCCAUGUAUGCAUGGGAAAGAGCAGAAACCGACUCGGUCUGCUUAGGAAAAUUAGUAAAGGUGGAUUUUAUACUACGAUAUGUAACCACUUUUUAACGCCUCAAUAGAAGUUAUUUUAUUCAAAAAAUUCUGAAAGAAACAAGCGACUGUAGCCAGCGCGGCCUACUUGUCCCGAAAGCUCGGGGAGAGUGUAGGUGGGAUGCGAAUUCAACUGAUACCAACUGCAAUAUCGUACUCCUAAGUCCGACUCCACAGAAAUCGAUAAACGGUACUAGACAACUGCUGAGCUGCAGCUCACAAACGGUUGAUGGCGAACGCUAGCAGAAAUUUAAUUGGCGUUGAUCGACCAAUCAACGGAUUGUCAUGACAGGCGGUGUUUGCAAGCGUGCAACUGUCGAUGCCUGGGGGCAGAAAAACCGGUCUAAUCUUGUGGGGUUGUUACGCCAGAGUAGGGGCGACCGCAAUUCUAUGGAAGUGGCCUGCCACAUGGGUCCACCAAGAACAAAUUGUAAAUUCUCACAUUCGUCCGAAAGAACCACGACGAUUAGAUGUUGAGACAACCAAGCUAAAUUCCGGCAAAGCGGAUCGAGGACAUGACAUCGUGAAAACGUGAUUGCUAAUUCCUAUCUUGUCGACAGGUUUCCGGUGUAAUUUAAAGUUAUCAUGAUGUCCCGACCAAAAACUCACUCGACUGGGUGUCACAGGACCGUUUCCUGCUUCGCCUUUUAAAAAUGGAAUUUAGAACGGUGCGUCAAAGAAAUACAUAGAGGCCUGCCUGAGAAUACGGUUCCUGAGGGCUUCCAGAAGCAGAAGCCCUAUGAGCAGGACUAUUUGUUUUUCAGCGAAAGUGUGGUAAGUAAUGCCAUAUCCCCAAAUAGAGCUCGGAAAGAUCGUUAUAAACAUAUUCAUAGAGUUUGCUCUGUCAAGAAGUUACCUGCAGCAUUUUGAACUUCUGGGCUGUUUAUUAUACGUUUUAGAAAAAUGCAAUUCGAUAAAAUAGCGGAAGCAGAAACAGCCUCUCUCAAGGCGUACGCCAGGCCGACAUCAUCCAUGUAAGUGACUACAAUCAGCUUUCCUUCAAUACUUGAGACAAAAAAUACGUAGGCCAGAAUACAUUCAGCAACAAGUCGGCCAUAAUAAAAGCAAUAAAGACUUAUAAUAACUCAAGAUAACGACGUAUUUUCCGAUACAGGUUACUAGACCAUGCUCUUUUACAAAUCAAGAGUAUCGGAUAUUAAUUGGAUACAUUUAAUGGUGUGCUUAGACGACUUAUAAUACCGCACCACUUAAAAAAACGGUAGAAGUUUGCGCAUUACUACGAUACGCGUCUUUUAAUUGGUUUUCUUGAUGCUCUCCUGAGCUGGAGAAAAUACGUCAAUAAACGUCACCUGCUUUAGGCCUACGUAACAGAUAUGAUGUGCACCAUGCGAACGGCAGCGGCUCGUACACAAAUCCUCGAAAAAGGCCAAUUUUAACACCAUCCCUGCUGUCUUUCGCAGACAUAGCGUUCCAACCACAAAUGGUUGGGUACCGGGUAAAACGUUAAUCUAAUAGUUCCUCGAUGAACCGUCGAUGUAGGAAGCAGUCAAACGCAUUAAAAAAUAAGUAUAGACAAUAUCAACCACAUAUCCAAUAGGUAAAGCCCUCAUUUACAUUUCAUUUCGCUGUUAUAAUACUUCUGAUGCAGGAUCGGUUCAGUUGAAAAUCGUGUUGGGAUUCACUAAACAAAUGAAGUCAUUGUUCUCAUGAGAAUCCCCUCAGUUAUCUUCCAUCAGAUGCGCCAUCGGCUAGUUGGUCAUCGGUAGCCCUGAAUCUACUUUGUGAAUCAGUACGAUGCUGACCAAUUUCCCCUUACAUGGAAGUUAAUGACAAGCAGGUGUGCCGAGGUACGAUAGUUGACAAAUCGAGAUUUCCAAAUUCGGAAGUCGGAGAGGACAGAUCUGUUGCAGAAACUUUAUUCAUUCGAGAGAGGGAGAGUGUACGCAGUUUAGUUAUUGAGUUUGUUCUCUACGGUGCGGGUUACGUACAUACAGAAGGCGGGCUAACUCAUGAAAUGUCAACCCAAAUGCCGAAAUAAUUAUUCGUUUCGAAAUAAUUAAUUAAGUAGAAUCGAAAAACUAUUUAUCCUACAGAAUAAUUAUAUAAAUUUUAGUUACCUUAGGAUGCUGGCUUUCGAAUCAAUUCUAUCCCGGCUGCAGGCAAAAACGAGACUCUAUAACAACUGAUUACUUAUGGUCAGUGUCCGAUCUCAUGAAAUGUUGGCUGAAAUGCUGAAAUGUGUUUUCGAUUAGGAAGGAUUACUUGGUCGCGGUUGUAAUACUGAUUAUCUUAAAGCAUACUCUUAUAACAUUUCGGACUUGGCAGAAAGUCAGCUUUUAAAUGCAUUUCUUUUCAAUCUCCUGUAGAAAGCGUGCUCGGUAAAAAUGACUACUUAAGUAACAUGUGUUUUUCCAUUGAUUUUCGAUGGUCUUGGAAACUCAAAUAUAUUUUAUAGAAACCAUAAGCAAAAAUAUGCUUUCUUUUAGUUAGUCAAUAGAGAAUCAUGUCUUCUUUAUAUUUUAUACUUAAGGAAGGAGUAUAAUUAGGUUUUAAAACGGUUUUCUAAUUUCAGAAUAAUUUGGAGUCCGAUCAUUCGUUGCAUUAGCGCUUAGUGAUUUCACCCUACAAGGUGCAUGCGCUCCGCGUAAAGAAAAUCACAUAUUUUUCUACGCCAUUAAAGAGAUAUCAUACAGAGUUCAUAAAAUUUUGCUAUGGAUACGGACCAUGUUGUACCUUUCAUGAGGAGCAGUGGUGAACGGCCAGGUACGAAGCUAUGUGAAUGGACAUUUUGCGGUCUUAAAAAGUCUCAUAAUUAGAAACUUUUUUAAAACCAAAUUAUACGCUUUCCUUAAGUAUAAAAUAUAAAGAACACCUGAUUCUCUAUUGAGUAACUAAAAGAAAGCAUAUUUUUGCUUAUGGUUUCUAUAAAAUAUAUUUGAAUUUCCAAGACCAUUGAAAAUCAAUGGAAAAACACAUACUACUUAAGUAGUAAUAUUUUGCCAAGCACGCUUUCUAAAGCAGAUUGAGAAGAAGUGCAUUUAAAAGCCUACAUCCUGCGAAGUCCGAGAUGUUAUAAGAGAAUGCUUUAAGAUAAUCAGUAUUAAAACAUCGACCGAGUAAUCCUUCCUAAUCGAAAACGCAUUUUAUAAUUUCAGCCAACAUUUCAUGAGAUCGGUCAUUCACUGUAUGUAGCAUGAUUUUUUCUCGUUGAUUGUCGAUGUCUCUAAAAGUUCAAUGAUGUUUCAUGGAAAACAUGCACAAAAAUAUUCAUUCUUUUGCUAGUUCGGUAGAUAAUUACGUCUUCUUCUUAUUUUAUACUCGAAGGAGGAACUUAAGUGGGUUUUAAAAAGGUUUUACUUGGAGGCCUUCUAAAUACCGUGAAAUGGCCGUCUAUAGAUAGUCAUAUCUCUGCAUUUACCAAUGUGGCUUGUAAAGUUAACAAUAUGGAUCGAAUCCACUGCUUAAUAUGAUGAACUCUGUAUAGUCCCCCUUUAAUUGCCACAGAGAAAUGUGUGGUUUCUCGUACGCGGAGAAUAUACGGCUUGUAAGUUGGAAACCCUGAGUACAAGUGUAACGGUAGAGCAGGUUCAAAAUUAUUCGGGAAUCGUAAAAGUUUUUGAAAACCGAAUUAUAUCUCUCUUUUGAAUAUCAAAUUAGAAGAAGACGUAAUUUUCUACAGAAUGAGCAAAAGAAUGAAUAAUUCUGUGCAUGUUUUCCAUGAAAUAUAAUUGACUUUUUAGGGGCAUCGACAAUCAACGAAAAAAAUUAUGCUACAUAAAUAGUUAAUUUUACAGAGUGUAGUUUUUUAGGUAGCCGGAAGGAUGUUCAUUCGAAAGCCGGCAUCCCGGGGUAACUGAAAUAUUACAGAAUUAUGUUGCAGGCUGACUACUCUUUCAACCCCAUUUAAUUACUCUUUUCGAAACGAAAACGCAUUUCGAAAUUUUGAUGAGCAUUUUAUGAGUAAGCCCACCUACUGUAUUUGCACCUGUGCCUUAUCCGUAUGUAGCCAGUUAGCAGGUGGCGUUGCGUGGAAUGCCGUCUUCUUCCCCCUCCCCCCCUGUCGGUGCCAAGUGACGCGUGACAGGAGGCGCGAGGCGAAUCCAAGGACAGUAUUAGGAAGCGGCCACACCGGGGACUGCGGGGACGGACUGCCACAGGUGCCGCUGAACUGGGAUGAGGAGAGAUUACGCUGCCUCUAUGGCUAGCUCUUCCAAAUAUAACGUCCGAAUCGUGACUGUGUAGAUGGUGAGGAGGUACAAUACGCUGCAAGCUCCGGCCAAGUGCCUUCAAUUGAGGAGGGGAGACAGACACCAGGCCACAGUAAGUGUACACGCGCCCGUUGAGUUUGAUUGGCCAGCAAGGAUGGUCGCGAUCUACCGGGAGAAAAGGUAUGCAGCCCUGAUGUGAACGCUGCCGUGUUAGAGCCAGUGGACUUUGAAACAAUGACCGGCGAGGUUUGGUUCCCGCAGCCCCACUUGAUUAAUACCAUAUGGCUAGCUUCCGAAAGCGAUUACGCUGACUUUUUAUACACGAGGUGUUUGCGCCUUUUUUAUUGUUUUAGGUUAGUUGUGGUUGUGUAGCCGCACCCGAGAUAGACAAAGCCCAGCCACCUCUGAUCCGAGACCGGUGGUAAUAGGGGAUUGCUGCAGGUGGGGCCGGGGAACGCACAGGCGACGGGGCCAGGUAGUUGUAUGCAAAAGAAAAGCUAUCGGGACUGUACUUGAGUGGUUGAGAAAUAGUUGCCAUUACCCCUAACCCUGUCCGAAAGCCCUGAUCCCUAACCCUAACUCUUAACCGCAGUCCUAAACCCUAAUCCCGAAACAUUCAACGCGAAUGUUAGGAGACGACAGGCAGAAAGUCAAGGAGGACCACCGGCAUUGGGACGAAAAAGAUGGACACCUCGAAAAAGAAAAAAGGUCGCCAACAGAACACACACCGGAACCCACAGCAACACCAUGCCAACGUUAUCACACCAACUCCAAAUAAUUAAGUAGGUCAACAGCAUUAUGUCCAUAAGGUGUGGCUAAAUAACCACGUCUUACCCCAUUUUAAUCCAGCAACUGUCUGUGCCCCAGGGGGUUCUCAAACGCCAUCCUCGGUUACAUCGGCUAUCAGUUCACACGCGCUUCCCUGUACGUGCUUCGAACCCUGGUUGCGCCCUCUUUUUGAUCUCAAUCCAUCAAGGGGCUAAGCGGGCUUGCAUAUGACCUUUUUCUGACGGAAAGAAACUCUGUCGGUUCCACUAUAGUGACCAUGCACUGCGAAGUAACACGUGGUUCCCUCCGUGACCUUCCAGCUGUGACCGCACCCUCCUUAUCCCCUUAAUCCUGUGAGUGGCUGUGUCGCAGGGUGAGUGCGGACACGACACAAUUGGUUACACCAAGCAUUAGUUCACAUGCGUUUCCUUGGGCUUGCUUCGAGCUCUGCUUGUGCUCUUUUCUCCCUCCUAAUCCAGCGGGUGCCCAAGUUAGGCUAGUUGACUAAAACAGUUCCAGUAAGCUAAUUAUAUGAUAUUAAUCAUGUGGGCUGCAGACCAAACCUCGCCCAGUGACCUGAUGCACUGUGACGAUGUUUAUAGCAGUUACAGUCAGCAUUCUCGAUUGUCGACAUGAUUCCUCAGUUGACUGUGAGAAACGAAGGCCAUUCAUGUGACCAGAAUGCGAUGCUUUUUGGCUCCAGAGGAGCGAGAGUAUUGAUUAACGAGUAGAUCUAAUAAGUUGCCAGAUCUUUUCGGGUGGUGUUGAGGCGGUGUUGUCUGUCUUGAACUUGCCAAUCGUUCAGGUUAAGCUGAGGGCACGAAACAAAAGACCAUGCAACCAGUUGAUUCCCUCGAAGUGUUACGCCGCCCUGUCAAGCAAUGUUUUUGAUCGGCUACGGCCGGGCAUCUUUUAGGGGUUAAGCAUAGUUUCAAACGAAAAACAAACUGUAAAGUGUUGUUGAGGUUUUUUAUGACCCGGAAGAAAGGUAGGGCAGGAACAGAGCCGGUUCGGAGGGCAAGCACUCUAUUGGUAACUUGCGGACAGGAGAGGUUACAAAUCUGGGGAUCUCUUACUUUUGCUAACCUGAGGUUACAAAUCGUAGGAUGCGCUAUCUAUAUUGGCCCCUGUGCGUUCUGGAACAUUCCGUCCAAUGACGUGUCAGCCGUUGAGGGCGUUCUAGAAUGUUCCUGUCCCGGAAGUGCUGGUCGCUGAUUGGCCACCGCGUGCGCGAUAGCCCCCCCCCCGCGGAAACGUCUGGAAUGUUCGACCAGCCAUUGAUUGGGCCGCGCACGUGAGCAAAGCCACCACACGUGCUCGGCGCUGCAGUGCACGCCGGUCGGCCGUCUCAUGCCGCCGGCUUGGUCCCCUGUUCAGCGCCUUAGGUCGUGGCUCCACGCCGCUUGCACUCUCCAAAACAGGUUUGCAUCUUAGGACGUGCAACAGAGUGAAGAUGCAUGUCUUUUCUCCCAAGGCAAUUUAAACAGCCGAUAAUUCAUAAUAUGAUACACGGAAAUUUUAACCACGUUCAGUUCUUUAGCUUAGUUACUUGUCGGGUCCGACUGUACUAGGCAGACUGGCAUGUUCACUAUUCGUAAACGUUCAUGUAUUCCGCACCCCCAGCUCCACAAAGCCCCCCGCGCGCAGACGGCUGUCAAACAUCUCACACAUAUCAAAUCUGUUAGAGGAGGAUGAAGACACAGUACCAGGCGACUUCAGAGACAUGCAAGUGAGUUUUAGUAGUAACAUCAAUCCCCAUAAAAUGAUGUGCGAGGGUGGCGUGAAUUCUUCGACGCAAACCUCAGAUUCGGUUUGAAAUUUUACACGAAUAUUUGAGCUGAAUGGCGGUGCGGUAUUCGUGUAUUGCCCAAAGGGGUAGUGGGUACUACAUAAAUACUGAGUAAUUUAACGUACCCACGGCACAAAAGCGUAGAAACACAUGCCCGGGCUUCUAGUCGCCACCCGUGCCGGGAGUAGGUCUGUCACUACCGCUGCUGCCGUUACUACUACUACUACUACUACUACUACUACUACUACUACUACUACUACUACUACUACUACUACUACUACUACUACUACUACUACUACUACUACUACUACUACUACUACUACUACUACUACUACUACUACUACUACUACUACUACUACUACUACUACUACUACUACUACUACUACUACUACUACUACUACUACUACUACUACUACUACUACUACUACUACUGCUACUACUACUACUACUACUACUAA